AUGGCGGACUCAACAACCCCCGCUCCUUCUACGCCCAAGGGUCCUGUUAAGUUUACUCCACGGGACCUGGAGGUCAUAAUUCACGCCCACCAGUGUAUGAAGGCGCCCCUCCCAAUCGACUUCGAGCAAUUGGCUAUGCGAAUGGGAUCAAAGGGAGGACUGUCUGCUCGAUCCUCAUGGUCCGCGGUCAAGAAGAAGCUUUUGGACGCCGACCCGCACGGUGACUUCUCGGAGGUCACACACGGCAAGCCAAGAACCCCACGCAAGACUGCGAAGAAGGCUGGAGGUGAAGAAGCCGCUGCUCCUACCCCCGAAGGUCAUGAUGGCGCAGUUGGCGAUGACGGUCCUGUCACACCAACUCUCAAAGCUGAUGCUGAAGCCAACGCUGGCAUGGACACUCCAGGAGCUCCUACUAUUCCUGCCAAGAAGCGCGCCCGCAAAUCCAAGGCAGAGAGAGAAGCCGAAGCAGCGGCAAACAAUGAUGACGCUGGUGACGACGCUGCUGAGAAGCCAGUCAAGAAGCGCGCUCGCAAGACCCCUGUCAAGAAAGCUGCAGCUGGUAACGCUACUGGAGACAAGGUCGCAACUGGAAAUGCUGGCGGAAAUGGUUCUCUGACCGUCAUGGGACCCCCUCUUCUUCCUCUGCCCCCUGCUGGAUCUAAGCCUGCCAAAUCGGCCUACGCUGCGACGGUCGAAGAAGUCGAAGAUGAGGAAUUCAAGGCUGCUCCUGGCGUCAGUGGUUGUGCUGGUGCAUAG